AUAAUGCUAAACAUAAAAAACUUGUCCAACGUGGCAUUUUAUGGCAGAUCUUACCCUUCACAGACUAGCAUGGGUGACAAAAAAUUGACCUUCUUCCAUGGAGGAAAUUUCGUCCAAGUUCCCAAUUUGGAGUAUGUUGGUGGGGAUAAAUAUGUCCUUGACAAUAUUGAUGAAGACAAGUUAAGCUAUUUUGAGAUUCGGGACAUUGUAAGGGAGGAUAUGAAACUAGAAUUUACAAAACUAUAUUAUAGAAUUCUUGAAAUUGAUUUAGAGCAUGGAUUAGUAGAAAUUAAAUCGGAUGGUGAUGCAUUACAGAUUGCAUGGCACUUAAUUGAACAUGGUUCUGUAGACAUUUAUGUUCAUAAUGGACUUGGGCACAUUCUAUUUAAUGCAGCUAAUGUUAUUAAUGAGGUUAAUGAAGAUGUUGAUUUGGAGCAGUUAAGUUUUGAUAAAGAAGAGUUAGUUAAUGAAUUAGUUGAUGUGCAUUUGAUGAAUGAAGAGCUGGACCACGUUGGACUUGAAUGUAGGAAUGCAAGUGGUAUCAUUAAUGGUGGUGUUUAUGCAGAUAUGGAUCAAAGAACUCGAGAUGGGUUUUUUGUUGAGAUAGAUGUCCUGAGUGAUAGAGAUGAUGAAGAGCUAAUUAGUGCAUAUGGGAAUCAGGCUCAGUUUUGGAAGCAAACACAUGCUCUGGAUCCUGCAGAUGGUAUAGAAGUUCCAAUAACCCUUGACAAAGGUAAGCAAAAGGUGGAUCAAGAAGCUUGCUAUCUAGGAGGUUAUGAUCAAUACACUUUAUCUGAUUCGGGGACUUCUAUAGCGAGUUCUGAAGGGGAGAGGGACUCAGAUUAUAUUGACAGUGAUGAUCCAGGGGAAUAUGUCUCAAAUUCAGAGCUUGAAUUAUUUGAAACUGAUGAUGCUGUUAGAGAGAAGACAGUAGGUCCAGUUUAUGAUCCUAGUUGUAAAAUUCCACAUUUUGAACUUGGGAUGAAAUUUGAAAACCACUUACAGUUCAAGAAUGCUUUAUUCCACUAUUCUACAUACAAAGGCUUUGCACCAAAAUGGUUGAGGAAUGCUCCUGACAAGCAAAGAGUGAUAUGUAAGGCUCCAAAUUGUCCAUGGUAUAUAUCUGCAACUCUUCAAAAGAGAGAUGGUAGCUUCAAAGUUGUUGCACUUGUUAAAGAGCAUAUUUGUAUCAAGGAUAACAAGAACCCUAUGCUUGGAACUCAUUCUGAAAUACUUGUAUCAAGUGGAAGCCAAAGAGAGAGAAGAGGACCACAACAAGGGUUUAGGGAGAUUAGACCAAGGUCUGAAGUUGGAGAAAGUUCUAAGCAGGGAAGCCAAAGAAAAGGCAAAGGAGAUAAUACCUCUAAGAAACAGAAUUAAAGCUUUUGGUUGGCUUAAAUGUGUUUUAAAAAGGCUUUUUUGUUUAUGUGAAGUUAUGGCAGGAAACUAGACUUUAGUUUAUGUGUACCUAAACUUGAUGUUGGGCACCUUCAAAGCAUCUUCUAUCUGGUUUGGACUUUGUCUUGGAUAGACAAAGCAAACUUGGUUUUGUGUAGUUUGGGCAUUUAAAUGGAAAUGAAAGUGUUCUAUGUUCCUUUUAGUUGAGCUUUACCAUAAAAAAUAUGUCAGUUGAAGUUAGGAGUAUGUCUGGUCUGGAGUUUUCUCUUCUUUUCUAUUUAAAGUUACAAUUCCAGUAUAUUUAAGGUUUCUUUUGCCCUGUUUUUCUAUUUAAAGUUGCAGUUCCAGUAUAUUUAAGGUUUCUUUCCCCCUAUUUUCUUGUUUAAAGUUGCAGAGCCAGUAUAUUUAAGGUUUCCUUCACCAUGUUUUCCUUUUGACAUUUUGGCAAAGUUUCUCUUGCCAUUUUGGCAAAGUUUCUCUUCCCUUUGUCUAUUUCUAGCAUACCAAUUCUAUGUUAUGUUUUUAUCAAUUUUGGCAGAGUUUAUCUUGCCUUUGUCUGUUUCCAGUAUACCAAUUAUAUGUUCUAUUUUUGUCAAUUUUGGCAGAGUUUAUCUUGCCUUUGUCUGUUUCCAGCAUACCAAUUAUAUAUUUUGUAUCAAGAUAACAUUAGACAUAAAUGAUAAUAGACGUAAUUUUCAUUG